UGCGACCAUCACCUCCCGCGACCCGCAAGACAGCUUCAGCCAAACCUCACCACCCAGAGGCGCUUCUCCCACAGAUUGCCCAUCAUGUCGCGCCAUCACCCCGAUCUCGUAAUGUGCCGCAAGCAAGCCGGCAUCGCCAUCGGCCGCCUCUGCGACAAGUGCGACGGCAAGUGCCCCGUCUGCGACUCCUACGUCCGCCCCACGACCCUCGUCCGCAUCUGCGACGAAUGCUCGUUCGGAAACUACCAGAACAAGUGCGUCGUCUGCGGCGGCGAGGGCAUCUCGGACGCCUUUUACUGCUUCGAGUGCACGCGCCUCGAAAAGGACCGCGACGGGUGCCCCAAGAUUAUAAACCUCGGCAGCUCCAGGACCGACCUGUUCUACCAGAAAAAAACCAAUCGGACGGCGACGUACUAGUCCCUGCGUCGCCCGGGAUAUGGGCAAAUUUGAUGUGUUGUUUGAAUGCGAGGAGACGGGAAGACUACAAAGUUUUCGUGGAACAGGUAUCGCAUUGCCUGCGGCGUUUGGUGUGUUUUGGUUCACAGAUAUGGGACAAGGGUUUUGCGG